GCAUCGUCCCUGAUUGACGGCCUAAUGUGAUGCUUCUCUUAUCAACUAAUCGCAGUAUCCUUCUAAUGCCACUGCUGAGAUUUUUCUCAAGAUGGGAAAUCAUAAACAAGCACAACCGUAUGAACUCUUAGUUGACCUAUUUCUGUCAGAAGAGACUUUGGACGUCACAACCACCCGCGACUCCUCCAUCAUCAACAUUAAGGAGGUAGUGAGACGGAGUCCCAGGUUAAAACGAUUUGCUGGGCAUGCAGAUGACUUUGUUAAGCCUGUGUUCAUCGACAAGGGUCAGCAAGGGUUUGUUUUCCGGUUUGAACACAACAAGCAAGAUCUCUGCUUGAAGUUGUUCUAUGACUACCAAGCACCAUACACUGUCCAAGAAAGAACCUUGGCCUUCAUCUGCCCGUUUGCAUGUGAAGCACGUGCCUUUGCGCGUCUAUGCGAUUUGCACGAAAAUGGUCACUGGGCAGUGCAGUGUCAUGGGUGGAUGUAUCUGACUGAUUGCCAACUUCAGCAGCUUCGAAGAGUAAGUGGAAGAGAAAGGCAUGAUUCAAGCUGGAAUAACGCCCGCUGGGCGAUUGUCAAAGACUUCAUCCCCGAGGAGCCACUAAGCCGACAAGAUGAAGGGUUCCAGCAAAUCAUUUCCAAUUUUGUCAUUCCGAGACGCGGUUAUAUUAUGCCCCAGGAUGUCAAGAAAGAUAACUAUAGAGGUACAUUAAUCGUAGAUCUGGGGUCUACUUUCACCUUUCCAUUUUAUCGGUCCUAUGCAAGCCUGUACGAGUUCAAUGCCAUCUACAGGAGCAUAGAUGAAUAUGGGGUACCUGAAUGGGAUGGAUGCCAUUGA